AUGUAUGCAAUCAGCACAAGCUUUGUCCUCCUUGGUGUCGUGGAGAUGGAGAAGUUUAGGUUCCUGUACUCUGGCGUAGCUUUCUUUGUGUAUAUCAUAACUAUGUUUAUAUGUUCUUUGAUCAUAUUUGUUGUCUGGACUGAAGAAAGCCUCCAUGAACCCAUGUACAUCUUCAUAUGUAAUUUGGUCUUCAACGGUAUGUUUGGCAGCUCAACUUUCCUCCCCAAGCUAAUCAUUGACUUGCUUUCUGGCUCCAUCACCAUCUCCUUUUCUGGUUGUCUCGUACAGUCUUUUUUCCUCCAUAGCUUUGCUGCCGUUGAAGUAUUCACCUUCACCAUGAUGGCCCAUGACCGGUAUUUGGCUGUUGGAACACAUCUCAAUAACGUCUUCUGCGAAAACAUGUCACUUAUAAAAUUAGCUUGCGGUGAUGCUUCGGUCAACAACAUAUUUGGGGCCGUCGAGGCUUUUUUGAUCGACAUCAGCUGUCUGCUAGUAAUCGUUUAUUGCUACGUAAGAACUUUUAUCAUUUGUUUGAAGAUUUCCAAGGAAGCUUGUCAGAAAGCCAUCAGCACUUUGGUUACCCACCUCGCUGCAUUUUCAACCUUUAUGAUUGCAAGCUUCUUUAUUCUAUUACGAUACAGACUGAACAGUGGAUCCAUUUCACUGGCCGCCCACGUCUCGAUCACUGUCAUUGGCCUGAUGACGCCAAUCACUCUUAACCCUGUUAUUUAUGGAAUAAGGACAGAAGCACUAAAAAACAAAAUUGUACAUAAGUUCCAAAAGAUGACAUGCCUGGAACUCGGAAAGUCCAUGUAUCAGCGUGAGGUGGAUAGUGCUCAGCUCUUCCUGAUCAACGGCAUGUUUUCGUGGACGCCUCCUGGACAUUCCUUUUUCACAUAUGCAAACAGCAUACCGAGGUGA